GUAGUUUAUGUUGUGCACCGCGAUGGGGGGAUUUAAUCUUCUUCUUAUGUAAGAAGUCUAGUACGUUCCUUGUAACAGGGUAGUGACGUGUGCUGGCAAGGCGGUGGCGUCCAGCUAUUGUUGAGUCCGGGGCCGGGGAGUUGGCAGCGCCGGGCAGGGCACGUGAGCGGGGGGAGCGGUUGGCAGCGCCGGGAAGGGCACGGUGAGCGGGGGAGCAGUUGGCAGUGCCGGGCAGGGCACGCAGAGCGGGGGAGCGAGCAUGACGAUAGCGGAGCUGGUGGCGGGGUUGUCGGACAACCCGUACUUCGGCGCGGGCUUCGGGCUGUUCGGGCUGGGCGCGGGCGCCGCGGUGCUGCGCAAGGGCCUGCAGGGGGCCGUGGUGCUGCUGCGCCGGCGCUACAUGAUCACGCUGGAGGUGCCGUGCCGCGACAAGAGCUUCCAGUGGCUGCUGCAGUGGAUCACGGAGCGGGGAGCGCGCCACACGCAGCACCUCAGCGUGGAGACGAGCUUCGAGCAGCGCGACACGGGGCACGUGACCACCAAGUACGACUUCAUCCCCAGCGUCGGCACGCACUUCUUCAGCUACGGUGGCACGUGGAUCCGCGUGGAGCGCGUCAGGGAGCAGCAGACACUGGACCUGCACAUGGGCGUGCCGUACGAGACUGUCACCAUGACUGCUUUCGGGCGCGACAAAGCGCUCUACUUCCGCAUUCUGGAGGAAGCGCGGCAGAUUGCGCUGCGCAAGCACGAGGGGAAGACGGUCAUGUACACGGCCAUGGGCUCGGAGUGGAGGCAGUUCGGACACCCCCGUAACCGCCGGCCGCUGCGCUCCGUGGUGCUGGACGAGGGCGUGAGCGAGCGCAUCCUGGCUGACGUGCAGGAGUUCAUCGGCAACCCCGCUUGGUACAGCGAGAGAGGAAUCCCGUACCGGCGCGGCUACCUGCUGCACGGCCCGCCGGGCUGCGGCAAGUCCUCCUACAUCACGGCGCUGGCCGGCCACCUGCAGUUCGGGAUCUGCAUGCUGAACCUGAGCGAGCGCGGCCUCACGGACGACCGGCUCAACCACCUGCUGAACACGGCGCCCCAGCAGAGCAUCCUGCUGCUGGAGGACGUGGACGCCGCCUUCGUGAGCCGCCAGAGCUCCGUCGCAGACAAGGCAGCGUUCGACGGGCUGAACCGAGUCACCUUCAGCGGGCUGCUCAACUGCCUGGACGGCGUGGCGUCGACCGAGGCACGCGUCCUCUUCAUGACCACCAACUACUUGGACAGGCUGGACCCAGCGCUGAUCCGGCCCGGGCGCGUGGACGUGAAGGAGCACAUCGGGGCGUGCAGUCGGCACCAGCUGCAGGUCAUGUUCCUGCGCUUCUACCCGGGGGAGCGGCACGCACACCUGGCCGCCUGCUUCGCGCAGAGCGCCGCCGCCAGCGGACGCUCCGUCACCCCCGCGCAGGUGCAGGGACACUUCCUCUGCCACAAGGACGACCCCGGCGCGGCGCUGGCCAGCGCGGACAGGCUGUGGUCGCAGACGUGAAGCCUGGCCGGCCCCUUACAGGCGUAGUGCCGGCACCUCGCGGUCGUAACAAGCUCUGUCGCUGGCCGACAUCUUUCAUAGUCGAACUUGAAACUGGACGUCGUCUCGCACGUCAAGCGUAACUUGAAUCGAAAGUUGAAACAGAACAGAAAUUCAUUACACCUUUUCAAAGUCUUAAUAUUUUGUAAAUACGUACUUUGAAGAAUAGUUUUAAAAACUUUUAACUGCAGUAUUUUUUUUUUUUUUGUAAAUAUGCUGAACAGGAGUGUAAUGGAGUAUAAUGUCUUCAUUAUGAAGGCUUUGAAGUGGAAUGUGUCUCCUUUCCGAAGACUUGCUUUCACUUAAACUAACGUAUUUGAAUGCUGCAUUUUGACGAUUAAAAUAAAUUGGUGAGCAUUUGUGGUUUAAAAGUGAUGCCUUGAGAGAUGCACAAUAAAACAAAUUGAAUUCAUUUUUCUGAACAAGAUACUUUGGUACAAUUUGUGUCUGGAAAAAAUUACAUUCCUUGAAUUUUUGAACACUAAAAAUUACUUGUUUAUUUGUGAUUUGAAUUGAGUUUUGGUUAAUUGCUGCUUAAUUCCAUUACAUAACAUUUCACCAUAUAAUAUUGUCACCAUCCAUAAAUGAUGGUACUGCUAAUUGAAUUGAAUUUUGUGUUUCAUUCAGUCAAAUAAUUAAGCUCGUCAUAAAUUUUUGCCACUACAAAUGUUCACUUUUACUGCCCUUCUUCCUGACCUAUUAAUUAUGUAUUACUUUACUAAUGAAAUUGAAAUGACAAACUUUGUUUUGCAGGCAUUUUCCGUCUAUAAAUAAGCGCACACAAUGACGCUAAUUUGUUUUAAGUGUUGCUAGAAUGUCUGUUGACUACUUUAACUUUAAUCCAGGUGCUAUAGUCAUUUUUGCUCACUUUUAACGAUAAGUUACGUAGUUACGAUUACAUUGUGACCAUUUUGUCACUUGAUUGAGACUCGGUGGUUGUGGUUGUGGUUGUGGUUGUUUCGCACCGCUUAGCCCUUCUCAAGAUGUGACAAAUCAGUUUGUCUCAGUGAGACGACACCUGGAAGUGACGGGUCGGUGCUUGGCAGAGAAUACCACGCCACCAAUGCUUCUCCGAAGAGCUAGUUUAAGUUAUAAACUGCUGGCUGAUUCAUAAAUGGCAUUACAGAUAUACUGCAGUGCAAGACAUGAACUAACUAAUCACUGAAUGUGUGUCCCAACAUGAAACACUUCUACCGCAAAGGAUACAAGAUGGUCGAACACCCAGCAGGAGUGAUUUGAUGAUCACUAUCAACAUACCCUUUUUUAUCGCAUAAUUGUCGCACCCAUAUUUUAGGCCAUCCAAAUUGGGAUAAAAAAAACUUCUCGCGUAAACUCGUAUGAUGUUUUUGGUCCCGCUAGUAGAUGCCGAGCACUUUGUGUAGGUAUCUUUUCCGUAUAAAACAAUGUAUUUUAAAGUAGAAAUCUAAUAUUUAUUCGGUCAUUAUCACUUAUUUAUUUAAUUAACGGAAAUACGAAGUUGUCUGAAGUGUAAAUUUUCUUUUAAAGACUUUUUAAACGUUAUUUCCUUUACAUGGUUGCUACAGAAAUAGAAUCAUAGAA